UAGCGGUGCUUGGGACCCAGGUAGUGGACGUGUGUGCUCACCUCGCCUCCUGAUCAGAUAGAUAUUCCCCAUCUCAGCAAAGCACAACUCUCCUCCUAGAUCCCACCAUUUCCUUCUCCAAGAGCUCGGACCAGCCACCCCCCGCGGUGAUCUAAUCCUCCUCCCAGAUCCCCCAUCUCCCGAGCGUGUCCCCGCAUCCUCGUCCAGGAUGCAUGCCAGCUCUUGUUUACGCACCGGAGUGUCCGUCGAGCGAAGUCGGCCAUCUCCCGCAUGCUCAACCCAGAGUGGGCUCGACCCCGGCGGCGAUCUGCAGCAGGGACCGGGCUCGAUCCCGUUUCGAUUCGACUCAGGGAGAGGUGCCAGAUCUCGUCACCGCUGACUAAGGUUUUGCACAUGGAUAGAAAUGACUACUAUGGAGGAGAUUCCACCUCCCUCAACUUGAACCAGCUCUGGAAGAAGUUUAGGGGGGAAGAUAAACCACCGGCGCAUUUAGGCGCCAGCAGAGACUACAAUGUAGACAUGGUUCCAAAGGUGUGGCAUGCCCCUUUUGAUUAAAUCCAUCCUUGUGUGCCGCACAUAUUAACUGACUAUACAAUAUAUGUACUCUUUUCCUCG